AUGACCGCCGGACAUUUUUCAAUUUUUGCGGCGGAGGCAAACGCCACCGCGACACCAAGCAAUUAUUCGUUAUGGAAGGUGUUAACACUAAAUGGCGAAGAUAUCUCGUCGUUCUGGGAAAUGUUCCUUGGAAUUACCGUCUGGAUGGUCAUUUCAUAUGUAUUUGUUUAUAUUGUUGUUGCAUUGAUUUCAAUGAUUAUGUUACGAAAUCAUCCAUGGAUGUUUAUUUAUGCAACUUCUAUAUUUGGCAUGGCAAUAUUAGGCCCUGCAACAGUUGGUGCGCUAACAAGUGCUUCAAUAGCGCUAAUGUUUUCGUCAGCUGAUAAAGCGAUUAGUUGCUGGCAUUGCAUGGUGCUUGGUUCAGCACAAACACUAGCCGUCGUAAUUAUCAGUUUCUCAAGAAUAUUAGCUACGCUCUAA